AUGGCUUCCUCAAUGGCUUUCAGGAGACUCGCCUCCUCCAACUCGGUCGCUUCGUCCCUCCGACAGGCCCGAGCCUUCUCCACGACGCGACCUGCUGCUCGAAUUAUCACAAAUGCUCCUCUCCGCGCCAAGGAGGCUUCUCCUUUUGUCAGCAGCAAGUACCCCGUCAUUGAUCACGAGUACGAUGCCCUCGUCAUUGGUGCCGGUGGUGCUGGUCUCCGUGCCGCUUUCGGUCUCGCUGAGGCCGGCUUCAACACCGCGUGUAUCUCUAAGCUCUUCCCGACCCGAUCGCACACCGUCGCUGCGCAGGGCGGCAUCAACGCUGCUCUCGGCAACAUGCACGAGGAUGACUGGAGAUGGCACAUGUACGAUACCGUCAAGGGUUCCGAUUGGCUUGGCGACCAGGAUGCCAUUCACUACAUGACCCGUGAGGCUCCCGCUUCUAUUGUCGAACUCGAGAACUAUGGCUGCCCCUUCUCCCGUACCGAGGAAGGCAAGAUUUACCAGCGUGCCUUUGGUGGUCAGUCCCGCGACUACGGCAAGGGUGGCCAGGCUUACCGCUGCUGCGCUGCCGCUGACAGAACCGGCCACGCCCUUCUGCACACCCUGUACGGCCAGUCUCUGCGCCACAACACCAACUACUUCAUUGAGUUCUUCGCUCUCGACCUUAUCAUGGAGGAUGGUGAGUGCCGUGGUGUGCUCGCCUACAACCAGGAAGAUGGUACCCUCCACAGAUUCCUUGCCAACAACACCGUCCUUGCUACCGGUGGUUACGGACGUGCCUACUUCAGCUGCACGUCUGCUCACACUUGCACUGGUGACGGUAUGGCCAUGGUUGCUCGCGCUGGUCUCCCCAACCAGGAUCUCGAGUUCGUCCAGUUCCACCCUACCGGUAUCUACGGCGCUGGCUGCUUGAUUACUGAGGGUGCCCGUGGUGAGGGUGGUUACCUCCUUAACUCCGAGGGUGAGCGUUUCAUGGAGCGUUAUGCUCCUACCGCCAAGGAUCUUGCCUCUCGUGACGUCGUUUCCCGAUCCAUGACUAUGGAGAUCCGCGACGGCCGUGGUGUUGGUGAGGAGAAGGACCACAUCUACCUCCAGCUUAGCCACUUGCCCGCCGAGGUUUUGGCUGAGCGUCUCCCCGGUAUCUCUGAGACUGCUGGUAUUUUCGCUGGUGUUGAUGUCCGCACCCAGCCCAUCCCUGUCCUUCCUACCGUCCACUACAACAUGGGUGGUAUCCCCACCCGUUACACUGGUGAGGUCCUCACUGUUGACGAGGCCGGCAACGACAAGGUCGUCCCUGGUCUGUUCGCUUGCGGUGAAGCCGCCUGCGUGUCCGUCCACGGUGCUAACCGUCUUGGUGCUAACUCCCUGCUCGAUCUUGUCGUCUUCGGCCGUGCUGUCUCGCACACCAUCCGCGACAACUUCACCCCCGGCGCCAAGCUCAAGCCUCUCUCUGCUGAUGCUGGUGCUGAGCACAUUGAGGUCCUCGACAAGGUCCGCACUGCUGAUGGCCCCAAGACCACUGCUGAGAUCCGCCUUGCCAUGCAGAAGGCCAUGCAGACUGAUGUCUCUGUCUUCCGUACUCAGGAAAGCUUGGACGAGGGUGUCCGUAAGAUGGUUGAGAUUGACGCCACCUACACCGAUGUCGGUAUCAAGGACCGCAGCAUGAUCUGGAACUCGGAUCUUGUUGAGACCCUCGAGCUCCGCAACUUGCUCACUUGCGCUACCCAAACCGCCACUGCCGCCGCCGCCCGCAAGGAGUCCCGUGGUGCCCACGCCCGUGAGGAUUACCCCGACCGUGAUGACGAGAACUGGAUGAAGCACACUCUGAGCUUCCAGAAGACACCUCAUGGCAAGGUCGACCUGUCAUACCGCAGAGUCAUUGGCACCACCCUGGAUGAGGCUGAGUGCAAGCCCGUUCCUCCUUUCAAGCGUGUAUACUAA